GCAUAGGGAUUCAGUCUUUAUCCUCGUGAAGAAAAAAGAAGAAAAAAGAAACCGACCUUUCUGGCUUUCUCUGUCUCAUCAUGAUUGGCCGGAAAAUCCGAUACGCCGGAAAGAGCAAAUCUUCCGACUACGAGGAGUUCAAGAUGAGCAUUAGGGUAGCAAGGAGAUUGAGGAGGGUAAGGAGAGCAAGGAAAGCACGGAACGGCUGGAUGUUUGGUCGGAAGAUCAGGACCGGGAGACAGUUUAUUCGACCUAAGUUCCUAGAUUACGAGACAUCAGAUUCAGAACCAAAGAUCGUCACCUUCGUUGACAAAAAAGGUGUUGAACAAACAUUAAGAAUGUACCAUAGUUCAUAUCCCCCUCCACAGCCCAAAGUUGUUAAACCUCCCGAGCCGGGAUAUGAUGGUGUUCAAAUUUUUGGUGAUAUUGCGGACUAUGAGUUGGAUGAAGUUGUGUUUACUUUUGGUAAUGAACCCGGUUCGAUCCCCAUUGAUGCGGAACUAUCAUUUAUACCACCAGCAGUCAGCAAGGUUGGGAAAGCAAAGCGUUCAGCUGCUAGGCCUUUACACGGUUUUGGCAUUUCUCCUGAGAGCACCUCUGUUUGUGUGGCAUAGUUUGUGGUUUCUGAUGAUGGCACUUCAGGUUGGGGCAGCAGUGUGUUUUGAGGGAAAAUGUUUUAUUUUGAUGCUCUGUUUACAUUUCCCAAGUCUUUGUAAGAAAGUUCUGUGGAUUGAUUGGCAUUUCUGGUUAAUAUUGUAGAAUUUGUUUAAAAUUAAUGGAAGGUGAAUAUUAAUUAGAAAAAUUCAAAAAGUGAAUAAAAGUAGAAAUUUAAGU